GGCUCGAACCAUGACGACAGCAAGCGUGUUGCUGACGGUGAGCACCUGGAGCUGCAGCGGCGACAAGUGCGAGCGCGAGGUGGUCGGGCGCGCGGCGCGGUCCGUGGCGGCCGUGGCGGCGCGCGAGCUGCGCGAGACGCCCGCCACCAGGGAGCAGGCGCUGCGGCUCAUGAGGGAGUGGCUCCGGCAGAACAAGGACGUCGCCAACGUACGACAAGAUGAAUCUUUCUUACUGCGAUUCCUAAGACAGAAAAAAUACAGCAUCCCCAUGGCACAACAGACACUUUUAAAAUACCUGAACCUGCGCAAGUUAUACCCGAAGGGCUUCUCGCAGUUAGACUGUGAAGACGCAAACAUAAAAGACAUCAUAAAUAAUGGGUACAUAAUGGUGUCUCCAGUGCGCGACAGCAUGGGUCGUCGGGUCAUAGUCUACAGCAUAAAUAAAUUCAACGCGAGCAAGUUCACGUGCUGGGACAUGUGCCGAGCGCACGCGCUGGUGUACGAGACGUGCCUGGAGGAGCCGGGUGACCAGGUGUGCGGGUUCACGCACGUCGGCGACGUCGCCGGCGCCAGCGCCGCGCACGUCACCGCCUGGAACCCGACGGACUUCGCGCGCCUCAUCAAGUGGGGGGAGCAAUCUUUACCGAUGCGACACAAAGAAUGCCAUUUGAUAAAUCUCCCGGCGACCGUACGCUACGUCAUCGACUUUGCAGUCAGCAGGGUACCUCCCAAAAUGGCAGAAAGACUGAAAAUCCAUCACAAUCUGAAAUCCUUGCACAAACAAAUCGACACGGCGUGCCUGCCCUCAAGCUUCGGGGGCGCCAUACAGACACACGACAUGAUCGAGUACACCAAAAUACUGCUGAGCGAGCAGAGGAAGAAGUUGCUCGCUCUGGACGACAUGGAGAUACUCAGCUCGCGGGGCAUCAUCACCUCUCGGAGUAAGACCACGCAUAACGCCGACGCCGUCGAAGGCAGCUUUCGAAAACUAGAAAUUGAUUAA